AUGACAGGAUCAAAGAGAAAAAAGAAGAAUGCCAUCUGGAGGAAGAUCCAAGCCCUUCGCUGUAAAGAUUUCAAAGUGUGGGGUCUGCGGAGGCUGCCUGUGUUGGAGUGGGCUCCCAAGUACAACUGGAAAACAGACCUGCUCCCCGAUACAAUUUCUGGGAUGAUGCUGGCUGUCCAACAGGUGACACAAGGGCUUGCCUUUGCUAUACUGUCUUCAGUGCAUCCUGUAUUUGGCCUAUAUGGAUCUCUUUUCCCUGCUAUUAUUUAUGCUGUAUUUGGAAUGGGACGUCAUGUUGCCACAGGGACCUUUGCUUUAACUUCCUUGAUAUCUGCAAAUGCUGUUGAGCGUCUUGUGCCUCCAAUGAACAGUAGUUUUACAACAAGCAAUCACUCCGUGGUGUUGGGUCUAUCUGAUUUUGAAAUGCAGAGGAUUGGAGUCGCAGCAGCAGUUUCAUUAUUGGGAGGCCUCAUUCAAGUAGCAAUGUUUAUGCUGCACUUGGGCAGUGCCACCUUCUUGCUCACAGAGCCAGUGAUAAGCGCAAUGACAACAGGAGCGGCCACACAUGUCGUAACUUCACAAGUGAAGUAUCUUCUGGGAAUGAAAAUGCCAUAUAUCUCAGGACCCUUGGGAUUCUUUUAUAUCUAUGCCUACAUCUUUGAAAACAUCAAAUCCAUUCAGUUGGAAGCUUUGCUGCUGUCUGUGCUGAGCAUUGUGCUGCUUGUCCUUGUUAAAGAGCUGAAUGAAAAAUUUAAAGGAAAAAUUAAAGUGGUUCUUCCCAUUGAUUUAGUUUUGAUAAUUGCUACCUCUGUUGCGUGCUACUAUGCUGAUAUGGACUUCAACUAUGGCCUGGAAGUUGUGGGACAUAUUCCAGAAGGUAUACCACCACCAAGGCCUCCACCUAUGAAUAUCCUCCCUGAAGUAGUUACAGAAGCAUUUGGAGUGGCUUUAGUUGGCUAUGUAGCAUCACUAGCCCUGGCACAGGGCUCUGCUAAGAAGUUCAACUACUCUGUGGAUGACAACCAGGAAUUCUUGGCUCACGGUCUCAGCAAUGUGAUUCCCUCAUUUUUCUUUUGCAUACCGAGUGCGGCGGCCAUGGGGCGGACAGCUCUUUUGUACAGCACUGGAGCAAAAACACAGGUGGCUUGUCUAAUAUCUUGCAUAUUGGUGGUUGUGGUCAUCUAUGCAAUAGGACCCAUGCUAUACUGGCUCCCUAUGUGUGUUCUAGCAAGCAUCAUUGUUGUGGGGCUGAAGGGGAUGCUGGUACAGUUCCGUGACUUAAAGAAAUAUUGGAAUGUGGAUAAGAUAGAUUGGAGCAUCUGGGUUAGCACUUACGUGUUUACAAUCUGCUUUGCUGCCAAUGUGGGAUUAUUAUAUGGUGUCAUCUGUACUAUCCUGAUUGUGGUUUUCCGUUUUCCAAGAGCAACAACACUAAGUUUGAAACAGAUGAAAGAAGCGGAAUGCAGGUUCAAGCCAGAAGCAGAUUCCGAGUCUUUACAAUUGGUAAGAAUAGUGUCCGUGAACAACCCAUUAGUCUUUCUGAAUGCUAAGAAGUUUCAUGCUGACCUAUUAGAAAUAAUCCAGAAGGAGAACACAGGGGCCCAGCAGAUACCUGAAGAUACAAAUAAGUGUGAACAGAACACAUUGCUCAAUCCAUUACCCAAUGGAAAUUGUUAUGGUGAGUCUUCAGCACAGCAGCUUCCCAGUGAAAAGCGCACACUAAUAUUAGAUUGCAGUGGCCUGACCUUCUUUGACUACACUGGCCUCUCCGUACUCACUCAGAUCUGCAUGGAUUCUAAAAAAAGAAAUAUUGAUGUUUUGCUAGUGAACUGCAAAGCUUCGUUGAUAAAGGCAAUGAAGCUCGGUGGAAAGCUGGAAUCUGAAAGCCCUGUCUUCUUUGAGUCCCUUUCUUCAGCUGUUGGUGCUAUUCAACUACACAGGAAUGUCUGCAAGCUUAAUGAAUACAGUGAGGUCUGAUGCUAGCCAAACGUGUAUACUGAGCUGCUCACCUCCAGAAGGAGCAACAACACAGCGUUCCCUGGAUCUUUAAGCACAAGAUUUGUUGGUAAUGAAUUGUAUGCCAAGUAUCCAUCAAACCCAGUACCAACAGUGUUUAUUGGUGUGUAGUUCCUGAAGGUUUCCCUUUGAA